AGAAACCCGCGGACUUUGCGUUUCUGAUGCUACUUGUAGAUUUUUUCAGUGUUAUCUCAGGAAGUGUGUUUCUUCUUGGAGUAGUUUCGACAGAAUCAAGGACCUAUGUAGUGACCAAUGUUUAGUCUUAUAAGAUAUCUUAUGACAAGUGGUAGCUUGAAUUGAGUUGCCAAAAUUUUACGUUUCAGAGAGGGGUCUGGUCGUACUUAUUCGAAUGUAUGAAAUACGAAAACUAUAAGGACUGACUAGCCGCUAUUAGUUUAGUAGAUGUUAUUUCAAAAAAUGGAUUAAUAGAAUAUGUAUCAUAGUCAGUAAUCUUUCUAGUUGGUGGUGCUAUUUAUGCAUCUCGGUCUUCACCAUAAUACGCGACACUGUAUUAACUCGAACUGUCAGACUACAUUAGUGGGACGAGAUGAAACUAACCACAUGGAUAGGAUACCAUUUAAUUAUUGAUGAUAAUAAAACGGAAUUAGUGUUGAUAAUACGGUCCAUAAAGGAAUGUAAAUGUAUAUGUACACAACUCAUGUCCAUGUCGUCCUGUAUGGAAACUUUAACGAUUCAUUAGCUUGUACUAUCACCAUAUAAUGGCAUUUUAACAUUUGCCAGAGACUAAGUCUCAUGGUAAAAAGUGCUGAAGACAGUUCAGAAGUCAAUUGACUGUGGUCAGAACCACAUCUUUGUUGAGGUUGCUGAAAAAUGUUACCCGUUUUAACAUAAUUCAUAAAGUACAGGUUCAUAUACUCGACUUUGAAUUACACCUUUAUCUGAAAGCUAGGGACACUACCAAGUUCGUUGGUGACCACCUGAAUCUGUCGUCGGAUUUUCAAGAGUUGAACAACCAGCACCUCUCAUCUCUGUCUAUAUUGCUGUACCAUACUGGUUAGCUUGUAUGAGUAUGUAAAAAGAAGCCUGAUAUCUGAAGACAUGAAGUCAGUCCAAGAAGUUCUUAACGUAUCUGGACCUUGUUGGGAGAUGUAUGUUUCCAGACAGAGGCUUUCAGAAAGACGGGUUAAGAGAUGUAUUAGUCCAGCGGGUAGGCAUCCUUCGGUGAAUCCCCCCUUUGAAAUAUAUCUCAAGAAUUAGCUGUAACUACUUUUUGAAACAAACUCCCACUCGCUGAUAGCUCGAUUUAAAUUCAAUAGCUGAAAAUUUGGUUCUGGACUUUUGAUUGCUAUUCUAAUGAAUUUCCUGGACGAGACUAUAAUUUAUGGACGAACCAGACAUAAGAUGCGUAAUCUACCCUUUGAUGGAGUUGUAGAUAGUUUCUCGGAUGCUGUUAGCCUAUUUGGGCCCGAAGUUUUCCACAGAGAUGGUUACUUAGUAAUCGCCAGCCCAAUUAACGGAUGUUCGUUAAUUCAGCCUCCACCCAUUAAUAUUAGCUCAGGAGACUUUAACAAGAAUUCAUCUGUAUCUUUUGUCUCUUAUUUUGCUUUGAUUCAACGCGGUGGAUGUGAUUUUGAUCUAAAGGUGUUGAAUGCUCAACAGAAAGGCUAUACUGGAGUUAUAGUUUUCAACACAAUAAACGACAAGAUAUUUCCUAUGAAUGGCGGGGAACGUGCUAGUCAAAUCUUAAUUCCAUCUGUUAUGGUAGAUAAACGUGCUGGGUUAAAAUUAAUGAAUUAUUCUGUCAAUAGUUCUAUUAAUGGCUCAAGAGAAUUUAUGAUAAGUAUCGUAAGCUUUUAUGGUUUACCAUUGAAAUAUGUACUUCUUGCACUUUUGAUUGUUGUUGGCAUUUCAUUGCUGAUCCUUGUAAUUGCAUUUACUAUUCAUUUAUGCCGUUUUUGGCGUCGAAUACGUCGUGGUCGUCUAUCACGACGACAUUUACGUCAAUUAGUUUUAAAACGUUUUAAAAAAGGUCUGGAUCCAUAUGAUGUAUGUUGUAUAUGUCUAGAGGACUAUGUGGAUCGAGAUAAACUACGCCUAUUACCAUGUCAACACGCUUUUCAUAUGAAAUGUAUUGAUCCCUGGUUACUAUGUAAUCGUCGACGUUGUCCAAUAUGUAAUCAAAUAGUUGAAUUACCCGGCGCACCUUCAACAUCCGAUGAAACUGAAACAGUAGAACCUAAUAAUAAUAAUGGUUUUUUACUAUACAUACCAAGAAGACUAUUGAAUCUCAUUAGACGUCAUUCUCAUGAAUCAAUGAAUACUAGACGCCGUUCGGUAGAAUCCGAUCAAUCUAAUGAACAUUAUCAAAUUGAUGAAGAGCAUACUCCGUUACUACAAAAUGAUGCAAUUCAAAAUCAUCAUGUUUGUAGUGAUAAUGUCAUACAUAAUUCUUCCCUAAUAUCAAGACGUCCUGAAAUUCAUUCUUCAUCACAAGUUGAUGAAGAUGAUGAAAUGUUACGUUCCGAUUUGGUUGAUCUAAAACAAUCAUCUGGUCGAUCAAGUUCAAGUCCACCGGCUAUUGAAUCUUUGAAUAAUUGUAAUGAUUUAAAUAAUGAUCCUUUCAAUAUAUUCCCAUCAACAUCAUCAUCAAAUUUAAUUCAACAAAAGUUAUCUCCAAAUUCAUUAGCAUCAUCUUCUAUUGAAUCAAAAAGAAAUACGCUUGAAUUACCUCAAAUGACCAUCACAGUUACAUCAAAUAUAUUAUCAACUACAUCAGAGAUGAAAACUGAAGAUACAGGAGAUGAUGUAUUAAUCACUGAUGUUAAAAUGUAAGAACCGUAUAAAAAAUGAUUCAUAUUUAUUUGGAUAAAUAGUAUUCUACAAAAUUUAAUAAUGAUAAGAUUAUAAUUACCACUUUGUUAUUGUAUCCAAGUGAAUACUCAUACAGUAUAUAUAAACAGCAAUAAUCUUUGUUAUUUCACAUGGUUUCUUGAUUCCCAGUUAUUUUCAUUGAAAUAAGUGUGCAUAUUAUUAAACUAUUACUUCAUCGUUAUCAUAGUAAGAGUAAUUGUUUGUGUUCUAACUAAAGAUAUACUUAUUAUUACUAUUGUUACACUAGUUCAAAUAGAUUCCAAACAAAAAACAUUGUGUUCACGUUCACAUCAAUUAAUUAAACGUAACUACUAUAGUUCUUCCAACCAAUUUGUAUGUAUGUAUGUAAACGUUAUACAAAAUAAACUUCAUAUAGAAGAAAAUCUUAUUUUAUUAAGCUUCACUGUAAUAUUAAUAAUAAUAAUCAUAACUACUCCCGUCAGAUUCUUUUUGCUCUGAUGUUCUCUUUUUGUUAAUUCUUGUUCCUUUUUUUAAAUCAAUUACAUUCAGCGUUUCUCUCAUUGUUAUUUUCUUGCAAAAACGCAGAUAUAUUUUUGGGCUGUGUUGUAUUUUUUAAUUAAUAAUUAUUAUCAUUGAAUUAAAAAGAAAAUUUUUGCACAUUUUCCAUGUAUAUGAUUUAGUUCACUGUCACAAAUAGGUGCAGUAGAGAGAGAGAAAGCAAAGUAAAGAUUGAGGAGUGUAAUACAUAGAGAAACAGGAGAAUAUUCAUUGGAACACAAUUUAUUAUCAUAAUUUCAUUUUGUAAAAGAAAACAAUACGAAUCAGACUGAUCACUUCGUCUCACAAUCAGACAUUUAUUCUCUCUUCAGUUCGUUUUCUUUUUUUUUAAUCACCACUUCUUUCUGUUUCUUUUUUUGUAUACCUAUAUAUGCGAAAUAAAUUUCUGUGUAAUCCUUACGUAGUUUUGUUUUUAUUUAUUUAUAGUUAUUUAUACUUUUUAAACAAUUUUAGUUAUCAGAAGGGGUUUUAUGGAGAUUGUAGUGAUUUCAAUAGUUAAGAUCAUGAGUUAAUUGAAGCUAGAUCACCAUGGAAAACCUGGAAGCAAUGGACGGCCGUUUCGUUCUAUUAUGGGACUCCUCAUCAGUGCGCAUCUCUGAAAAAUUCCCAUCAUGUUAAAACAUAUAUAUGUGAACGAAGAAUAUUCUUUUCAGUAAAUCUUCUUCAGGUUCUACAAUUAUAUAUUCAAAUUACUAAUUUGAAAAGUGGCCAGGUUUGAGGCUAAAUACAUCGUUUAAAACUGUAGGAUGUGAAUUUAGGAUUGUUUGUAGUAUAAAAUAAAAG